AUGCUGUUCAACAAAUUGAGCCUUGUUCUGGUCGCUGGUCUGGCCGCCUCGGGUCAGGCCGAGCGUCAUGCUCGUCGAGUCCAUCGAGUCCCGCGCAGCGUGAUCCCCACCAUCCCGGCUCCGCUGCCCACCACCACCACCACGCUGUCUUCGGCUUCUUCGGCCUCGGAGACCGAGUCUGCGACUCUGACCUCGGUCGAGUCCUCUAACGUUGCGGUGACCUCGGUGGAAGCUCCUUCAAGCUCCGUCGUCAUUCCCACCGAGGCUUCCACCUCCAUCGUGGUUCCCGUGCAGUCGUCCAGCUCUGCCGUGGCUCCCACGGUGGCCUCCAGCUCUAUCGUGGUUCCUGUUGUGUCCUCUGGCUUCGCGGCCACUCCUGCUCAGUCCUCUGGCUCCGUCGUGCUCUCUGCCGCGCCCACCAACCACAUUGCCACUCCCUCCGCCGAGGCGUCGUCCAGUGCGAUCUCCUCCAGUGUGGUGCUCUCCCACCAUCCUGCACAUGGUUCUUCCAGCGUCGUUGUCAUUCCUACCGGUCCUGCCAGCGUCAGCACCAGCGCCGUCCCCACCGUGGUGACCGUCACCUACACUGUCGGUUCCGAGGUCACCACUAGCGUCUACACCACCACUGUGUCUCGCACUAUGACCGAUUAUCACACCGUGACUGCGGCCCCUGAGACCAACACCCAGGUCCCCGAUGCGACCAACCAGAUCUCGGAUGUCAACCUCAGCUCCCAGGCCCCCGACGCCAAGGGUCACAACCAGUCCGGCAGUGAGACCAAGACCACUCUUCACUCGACCACGACCAAGACCGUGACCCUGAUCGAGCACCCUACCAGCACAGUCACUGCAGGCCGCGCCACUGCCACCGGCAACAGCGGUGCUGAUGCCAACGGCAGCGGUAGCGGCAAUGGCAGCGGAAACGCCAGCCAGUGCAGCCCUCAGACUGUGACCGUCACUGCUGCUGCCGCUGGCACCGUGACCGUGACUGCCACCCAGACCGUCACUGUCAGCGCCGAGUCGGCCGCUACCUCUGUCCCUGCCCAGAACCACCACCAGCAGAGCAGUGACAAUGCCAACAGCCAGACCGAGCAGAGCACCGCUGCCCAGACCUCCACCAUUGUGGUUGUCCCCACUCCCAGCUCUAGCCGUGUUCCUUCCUCCCGGGCCACGCCCUCGGGCUUCGCGACCAGCUCCAUGAUGGUUCGCCCCCCCUCCCCAGCAGCUCUGCCGCCGUGA